AUGUUGAACUAUCAUUUACAAAUAUUAGGUCUUAGGCAAACUAAUUAUCCAUUUAGUAUUGAAUGGUUAAAAGUAGAAAAUGACAAAGUAAAACCUAAUGAUACAAUCUUAGAAAUGAGAAAUUCCAAUGGAGAUUUAAUUAAAAGUAUAAAAUCUCAAUGUCAUGGGAAAAUUUCUGAAUGUUACUUACCUAAAAAGUGUCUUGUUAUAAAUCUUGUGAAUAGUGAAAUUAUAAAUGAAUGUAUAGUAGAUCAAUUGGAAAUUUUUGAUGAAAUAUCUAAUAUUAAAAGAAAUAUCAGUAUAAAUAUAAAUAUAGGAAAGUAUUUAUUUGGUAAAUAUAUAUGUGAUCAUUGUACAUUUUUGAGUAAUAUAUGCGUUGAGUGUGGUUUAACACUAGAAGAAUAUACUGAAAAUAGUGAUAAACCUGUUGUUAAUGCUGGAUUUUUGUCAAAUGUAACUGAUUUCACAUUUAGUAAGUCAUAUAUAACUGAAGUAGAGAAGAAUUAUAUCCAUGAAUUAUUAUUAAAACGAAAGAAUUUAAAUCUUGUCUUGGAUUUAGAUAAUACAUUAAUCCAUGCUACAUCAACAUUACCAAAUAUUGGAUCUGAUCAAUUAAUAACAAUUCCACUUAAAGAUAUUUUAAAGAAUAAUGUGAAUUAUGAGACAAUAUCAAAAUAUUCUGGUUCUAUUGUUACAUUUUCUAAUUCAAUAGAUAAAGGAUUUUUACCUGAAAAUUGGACUUGUUUACCUCACUAUAUAGAUGAAGAGGACAAUAUAUUUGGAUUAGAAGCUGAAAAAUAUAGACAAUUAAUUGAAAAAUUAAUAUUUUGUAUUCCUUACCCAAAUUCAAGUAAUAAUGGAAUAGAUAAUUGGAGUCAGGGCUUUUAUAAGCUUAGACCUGGAGUUCUAAAUAUGUUAAGGCGACUAAAGGAUAAAUUUGAAUUAUAUAUGUAUACAAUGGGUACUGAGUUACAUGCAUAUUCUGCUUUAAGAAUUAUUGAUCCUGAAUUCCGUUUUUUUCAUCCUAAAAGAUUAUUCUAUAGAAAUAAUGGUUUUAAAGAUUGUAAUAGCAAAUCUUUGAGUACUCUUUUUCCAUAUGAUCAUCGUACAUUAAUUGUUAUUGAUGAUAUUGAACAAGCUUGGUCAAACUCAAAUUCACUAAUUAAAGUUUACCCAUACAACUUCUUUCCUUCAGCUCCUUUACCAGUAGAUGCUAGUUGUUAUUCAAGAUAUAUUGCAAUUAAUAGAAUAAAUUAUAAAUGGGAAAGUAUAAUAAAUAGUUAUAAGAAGAGACAAAGAAAAGACUCAAUUGAUGUUAAAGAUAAUAUUAAUGAUAUAUUGAAUAUGUGUAAUACUAAUAAUCAAUCAAAUGAUUCUCUAUUAUUUUCUGCACUUAAUAAAAUGAUAAAUAAUGAAAAAGACAGCCAACUUUUCAUUUUAGAAAAUAUACUUAAUGCGAUAUAUUUAGCUUAUUUUAAGGAACUAGAUUUAUGUCUUGAACGAUCCAAAUCCCAAUUAAUAGAUAACAAUAUAGAUUUAAUAUAUCAAAUUGCACCAGACAUUUCAAAUAUUAUAAGUAUAAUGCGGCAAAAUGUAUUAAAUAGUCUUAUUUUACAAGUAUCUGGUUUUAAAAAUAAAAUUACACCAAACUUUCAAAGUAUAGAUCUAUUUAUAUGGGCAUUAAAAUUUGGCGCUAAACUUUGCACCGAUAACGACGUACCAACUCAUUGUAUCUGUGACAAAUUUUAUACUAAAAAAUAUUAUGAUGCUAAAAAAAAAGGAAUACCAUGUAUUUAUAUAAUCUGGCUUGAGAUCGCAAUUUAUACAUGGACUAAUCCUGAAAUAUUUAAUGACUUAAAUGACAAGUAUGGUGAGACACAAGAUCAAUUAAUAGAUCUAACACCAUUUGAUGUAUUACCAUUUUCAAAUUGUUUAAAUUGGAGGGAUUUUGUACAAAAAUACUCUAAAUAUUUUGACCUAUAUAAACUUAAUAAAAAUAAAUCUUUACAUGAUAUUUUAUGGGAUGAAGUAUUUGAUAAUAUCUCUUUACUAAAUGAAGAUGAUAGAUCAGAUAUAUCAGAAACUUCAUAUAUAUAUAAUAAUAAACCUUUUGAUGAAGAUUUAUUAAGCUAA